ACUUACCUCUUAAGAACAAACACUCUUUUCAAGGGUUGGCUCUGUCUCUCUCUCUCUCUAGCUUUCUCUCUCUUCCUCCCACCAUGAAAUGCUUGGAACUCUUCUUCCUCUUCCUCUUCCUCUUCUCCUAAAUCCUAAAAUGCUGAUGAACAGUGGAUGAAGAAACUUACAAGGAGUUUAGUGGGUUAUCUUUGUCAUUUCCUUAUGAUUAUGAUUCAGUUAUUUCAUGGUUUGUCAGGGGUAAGGCUCUACCAUACGCUUGAAGCGUAGGAGCUGCCACUGUACCCAAUGGGGGAGUGUGCGCGUUAAGCAUCCUGCGUUAUUUAGACGAAAGGCACUUCUUUUAAAAUGAAGCGGACGAGAGACUCAAGAGGCAGAGCUGCUUCUUUUAUAUAAGCGAUAUAUAUUAAACAUCGAAUCGUUCUUCGAUUGCUUUAGCAGAGCCUGAGAGCAGAAAAGCCCUCGAAGAGUUUCUACUUCUUCCUCUGAAAAUUGUGUUGGAAACUAUUAAUUCUCUUCAGUUUCGAAGUUCUCUGUCAAGGAAUGGCUGCAAGUGAAGUUGGAGUAUCUGAAGCAGUAAGCUGAAGCAUCAUCUUUUUCUUUUCUGUUUUUUUCUUAGCUUAAUGCAAUUCCAACGAAGUUAUGUUCCUUCUUCGAAUUGUUUAAGUAUAAUUGAAGGAAUUCUUAGAGGAGGAUUGAAGGGCUCUGCAGCUAAUCUAAAAUUUAUGGCUAAAUGCUCGGAUAGGCUGAGCUGUUCGGGGGCUUUGAAUAUUGAUCUGGGUAGUUUGAUUGUAUAGAUUUUUUGAAUUAUUGAGCUCUAAGGAUUCUAAAAGAGAUUUGGGUCUUGGGACGGAUUGUCUGAGUGGCUGGGAGAUGGACCAUUUGCUUCUCCCUACUGUUGGACCACCAAUAAAACGACGGGCGGGUUUACGAAGGAAACAAGCGGGAAGAGGUUCUUACAGAGGCAGCUAGGGCUAUGCAUUGGAGAAACUUUAGGGUUCUCUGGGGUUUAACCCUGGGAAUGUUCGUAGGGGAGCUAGAAAUUUGAUGGGUGUCGAGAUGGGUACUUACUUGCGGGAAACUCUCAGAAGCCUCUGUCGCAAGACAAAGUGGAAAUACGCAGUCUUUUGGAAGCUUAAACAUCGAGGUCGCAUGAAUUUGACUUGGGAGGAUGCUUACUACAAUAACCAUGAACUUCCUGACCAUUCAGAGAACAUGUGCUAUAUAGAUACCCUUGUGGAUUUCAAUGAUGGGAGGUAUCAACAGGACCCACUUGGAUUAGCCCUGGCAAAGAUGACAUAUGCUGUAUAUCCUUUUGGUGAAGGCAGGAUUAUUGGCCAAGUGGCAGCAUCUGGAACACAUCAGUGGACUUUUGCAGACAGGCCUGCAUCUGGUUCCCGGUCAUCAUCUAAAUACUGUGAUGGGUGGCAAACUCAGUUUUCAUCUGGGAUUAGGACCAUUGCUGUUGUUGCUGUGACUCCUCUUGGAGUUGUACAACUUGGCUCUUUAGAUACGGUUUUCGAGGAUUUGAAUUUGGUGAGUCAUAUCAAGGAUACAUUUUAUUCCCUACAAAUCUUCUCUCUAAGAUUUCUUCCUGAUGCAACACUAUAUUCUAUGAAGAGCACCUCAAGUCUGUCAGAAAUACCAAAGAAAACUUCAGAUGUAGAGAUCAUUAAAGAUUGCCUUGGCAUUCUAGAUGAAGGUGUAAGCAUUAUAAAGCCAGAUACUCAACCUAAUUCAUUGCCUUGUUUCGAGAAACUCAAUAACAUCCCUCGUGCUCUUUCUCUCUGUGAUCUCUGUCCGAAAGAAGCUGUUGAAAUGGUUGAUAAACAGAAAUGUGUGCAGAUGAAACUGCUCGAGCACAAAAAGUGUGGGGAGGACACAAAUGGCUGGAAGGAUGUAUGUGUGCGUUCAGGACGCAUUCAUCCACUAAUGUCACACGAUUUCUGUACUGUGGAUACAAACUUAAAUAAUUUUAUGCUGGAGUCUGGAGUACAUUUCCCUUUCCACCCUGCAGAAUCUGUUGUCUCUAAGAUUUCGGAGGGAGUUAAAUGUGAUAGGAUUAUUCAUCUUGAAAAUGAGGGGCUCCAUGCACCUCAACCAUUUGAAAUUCAGCGAGGAAAAGGUUUGGAGCACAAGUUGGAGUUACAGACUGAAAUAGAACAUGUGGAUACUCUUAAUAAUCCGUUAAGUUUCUCCGCUGGAUUUGAGCUGCAUGAAGCCCUUGGUCCAGCUCAUGUGCAACAGGAAAAGAAUGAUGAUGCUUGGGGUGAUGCAUUGAUGACAGAACCUGGUGUACCUGCGGAACCAUUGGAGGGGAUGGGCAUUAGUCAGUUUAGAUCACAGUGUGGGUCAGAUCAUCUUCUAGAAGCAGUGGUAGCUAAUGCUUGCCUAGGCGUUAACAGUGUUAAAAGUGGGACUUCAUUCUGUGAAUUAUCAGAGUCAGUUGUGACAACUGAAAACAGCCCACAGACGUCUUUGCAUGCUAAGCAUGCUUGUGUUUCAGCAGGGGGACCAAAUGGUGAUUCCUCCCUUGUAGAGGUUGCAAAUUACAAGACUUCUACUUGGGGUUCAACAGAAAUGCACGUAAGAUCUCGAAAGGAAUUAUCCUCCACAACUCUUAGCACAUGUAGCGAGCAAUUGGGUGGACAGGUUCAACCAGCUAAAGUCAGCAAAAAGAGGGCUAGACCUGGUGAAACUUGUAGACCCAGACCAAGGGACAGGCAAUUGAUUCAAGAUCGUAUUAAGGAUCUCAGAGAGCUUGUGCCUAAUGGUUUGAAGUGCAGUAUUGAUUCACUUCUGGAGCACACAAUCAAGCACAUGCUCUUUCUACAGAGUCUUACCAAGCAUGCCGAUAACUUAAAGAAGUGUGCCGAAUCAAUGUUGCAAGAUAAGGGAAUCGAUUCACUAGGAUCUUGCAGACCAGAAUAUGGUUCAAGCUGGGUUCUGGAGGUGGGAAGCCAGGCAGUUUGUCCAAUAGUGGUGGAGAAUCUGAACAUGAAUAGGCAGAUGCUUGUAGAGAUGUUGUGCGAGGAAUGCAGCCUUUUUUUUGAUAUAGCAGAGGUCCUCAGAGGUCUGGGUCUUACAAUCUUAAAAGGUGUAACAAAAGUUCGUGGUGAAAAGACAUGGGCAUCCUUUAUCGUUGAGAGUAAGAAAGGCUUUCAGAGGAUGGAUAUCUUGUGGUCGCUUAUGCCGUUGUUGCAGCCCAAGACAAUGAUCUAAUGGCUACUGCCUCGACAGUCCUGGGAUGAUGAUCUGGAAGGUUUUGCAUGUAAUUUCUAGCAAUCAUCUUCUAAGUGUCAUGGUUGGUGUUUCUGAAUUAUGCAACCUCUCUGUUGAGCUAUCUGGUACUCCUCCCCCACCCCCCUCUCCCAACCGAAAAAGAAAAGUGUACCAGUUGUCUCUAGUUCAAUUCAAGUGUGAAGGUGACCUCUUUUACCCUGCUUGAUGGUUAAGUGAUUGCAGACUUGGAACCAAAAUACAUUGCAAGUGUAUUAAGAUCUUCAUAUUUCUGGUAUGGACUUAUCAUGUUGGCAUA